CCCCGGGCCAAUAAAAUGAUGCAAAGCUCCGCGCUCGCUGCCGAAGGGGCUGUCAAGGGGCUUCCCGAGAUCCUCGGUGUGCCGGUGCAACAGAUCCCCCAGUGCGCAGGCUGCAACCAGCACAUCCUGGACAAGUUCAUCCUCAAGGUGCUGGACCGGCACUGGCACAGCUCCUGCCUCAAGUGCGCCGACUGCCAGAUGCAGCUGGCCGAGCGCUGCUUCUCCCGGGCCGGCAGCGUCUACUGCAAGGAGGAUUUCUUCAAGCGUUUCGGGACCAAAUGCACGGCGUGCCAGCAGGGCAUCCCCCCAACCCAGGUGGUCCGCAAAGCCCAGGACUUCGUGUACCACCUGCACUGCUUCGCCUGCAUCAUCUGCAGCCGGCAGCUGGCCACGGGCGACGAGUUCUACCUGAUGGAGGACGGGCGGCUGGUCUGCAAGGAGGACUACGAGACUGCCAAGCAGAACGAUGACUCGGAGGCGGGCGCGAAGCGGCCCCGGACAACCAUCACGGCCAAGCAGCUGGAAACGCUGAAGAACGCCUACAAAAACUCGCCCAAGCCCGCCCGACACGUGCGGGAGCAGCUCUCCUCCGAGACCGGGCUUGACAUGAGGGUCGUGCAGGUGUGGUUCCAGAACCGGCGGGCCAAGGAGAAGCGGCUGAAGAAGGACGCGGGGCGGCAUCGCUGGGGGCAGUUCUACAAGAGCGUGAAGCGGAGCCGCGGCGGAGGGAAGCUGGAGAAGGAGAGCUCGGCCGAGGAGUGCGGCGUGAGCGACAGCGAGCUCAGCUUCCGCGAAGAGCAGAUCCUCUCCGAGCUCGGCCACAACAACAGGGUGUACGGCCCCGCGGGGGACGUGGCGGGCGGACAGUUGCUGAACGGCGGCUUCUCCAUGGAGGGCACGGGGCAGACGUACCAGGACUUGCGGGACGGCAGCCCCUACGGCCUCCCGCAGUCGCCGUCCUCCAUCUCGUCGCUGCCGGCCCACCCGCCCUUGCUCAACGGGCUGGACUACGCCAUGGACGGCAGCCUGGGGCUGGUGGCGCACGGGGCGCAGGGGGUGAGUCAGACGCUGCGGGCCAUGGCCGGGGGGGGCCCCACCUCCGACAUCUCCACGGGCAGCAGCGUCGGGUACCCAGACUUUCCCACCAGCCCGGCCUCCUGGCUGGACGACAUGGAUCACCCCCCCUUCUAAGCGCUGCCCGCCCCCCGCCCCGGGCCCCGCGCUCCCCCCGGCCCGCAAGCGCAGCGCUGAGGGACCCGCCGGCGGCUGAGCUUCCCAGGAUUUCCCGUGGGAAUUGGCCCCGCAGGGCUGCAGGGAGGGGGGACAUCAGUGCCGAUGGCUGGGCUGGCUGUGCUCGGGCGGGGGGCACGGAUCCUUUGGGUGUAAGCACAAGAGAGGUGGCGGCGCACCUGGUGGGGCCCCGGCCGUGGCGAGGCCGGCGGGAGGGACAGAAGGACAAUCAGGGGUGGCAGAGCCCAUCCCGGCACCCGCGCCAGCCCCGCACCCCCCGCCCAGCACCGCUGCUAUUCUCAAGAGUUAUUUUUCGAUAUGGUGUUGAAACGCAGCUCGGCGCUGCCCGGAGCCUCCGCGGAAGUCUAUAUUGUAAAGGGUAUAUUUUGUCCGGGCAAGGCCAUUGCCCCUCUGCCCAGGGGCGAUCCCGCCGGCUCCUGGCCUGGUGGCCGUGAUUUAUCCCUGGGCAAGCAGGAGCAUCGCUGCUGUCUUUGUACCAUGGUCACACAAGGGGAAGGAAUGAAAAAAAACCUGCCUCCUGCCCGGGAUGCCCACUGGCCAAGGUGGCCAUGGGGCUCGCACCUGCAGAGCAGCCACUGGGGGGGUGGGUGAGAGAGGUGGGCAAGGUUUGCUCUGAGGGCAAUGCAAAAAAAUUCCUCCCAAGCAGGGGAAAGGGAAUUUCGUCAGCUGCAGAAGCACCUGUGUGGUGGGAAGGGAAGGCGAUUGAGGUGUGAGAUGCUCCUGGCAUGAGUCGCCCUCCUCCUCUGGUGUCGUGGGUCUGAUGGUACUAAAGGGUGAAUGCAGGCAGCCAGGAAGGAUCCCGGUGGCUUUGGCACAUCCCACAAGCCCCAUGGGGUCUGCCCCUGGCCAGGCUCACUCAGCACUAGCCCUUGCUCAAAACUCACGAGCCCAUCUUCCCCAGCACAGCCACACCCCCUACCCGCAGACACUCAGCCCCGUGGAUAAGAUUCAGCUCCAGACUCUCUGCCCAGGGUGCCCAGCUCUGCCCCAGCCCCACAGGGAUGCCCGUGGGCUCCCUGCCAUCCUCUCUGCCUCUGGGGUGAUACUGAUGAUCCUCCCUUCAGGGAGGGCCGGGGGUGGAUCCGGUUAGUCGGCUCCUUCCCUCUAUGGAGGCUCCAGAAGCAAAGGG